UACAGACAGACCUACAGACAGACCUACAGACAGAACCACAGACCUACAGACAGACCGCAGCAGGACGCACUACUCCCACUCUGUCCUCUUUUUUGGCUCUUUUCGGAGUUCGUCGUGCCUCUGGGCUGACUCUUUUCCCUCUGCCUCCCUUUUCCUCUGCUCACAGUUGUCUUGUUCAGAAAACCAGGAGCAUUUUCCUUUUCAGCUCCAGACUCAGUUGUUUUUCAGUCUGUCCAACUGCUGUGCGUAAUUCCACUCCAACCCAGGAUCAACGACAUCAUAACAACACGAGGAAAAACAAACAAACAAACAAACAACAACCACCAGCAGCAGCAGCAGCAGAAAAAUGCGAGCCGUGCUGGAUCUCCUGUGGCUGGUCCCGGUGCUGCAGAUCCCCGGUGUCCUGUCCCUGUCCACACAUGUAGCGGUCAUCUACCCCCAGGAUCCGGUCCUGCGGAUGGGGUCCAACCUAACGGCCAGCUGCUGGGUCCACCCCGACCUGGGCGUCCACGCCAGCUCUCUGUUCUGGACUCUGAACGGUCAACAGCUGCCCGGCUCUUUGUACCGAGUGCUGAGCCCCACCAACCUCAGCGUGACGCUGGCCGGACUCAACGCGUCCAGGCAGAAGUCUGGGGACAACCUGGUCUGUCACAACCACAAGGGACACAUCCUGGCCGGAUCCUGCCUCUACGUCGGCAUGCCUCCAGAGAAGCCGGUCAAUCUGACCUGUUGGUCCAGGAACACCAAAGACCUGACCUGCAGCUGGACUCCAGGAGGACCAGGAGAGAGCAACAUCAGCACCCAGUACACACUCAAGUACAAACGCAGGUGGUACGAUGAAGAAAAGAAGUGUGAGGACUACGUUCCCACGCAGCCGUACUCCUGCAGAAUCACCAGAGACCUGUACCUGUUCACGCCCUAUGAGAUCUGGGUGGAGGCCUCCAACCAGCUUGGCUGGGGGGCCUCGGAUGUCCUCACCCUAGACAUCCUAGAUGUGGUGACCACGGACCCUCCCUCAGGUGUGAGUGUCAGUCGUGUGGGACAGUUAGAAGACCAGCUGAGUGUUCGCUGGGAGGCCCCGCCUGCUCUCAAAGACUUCCUGUUCCAGGCCAAAUACCAGAUCCGCUACAGACUGGAGGACAGCCAAGACUGGAAGGUGAUGGAUGACGUUGGCAACCAGACUUCAUGUCGAUUGGCUGGACUCAGACCUGGAACAGUAUACUUUGUCCAAGUUCGCUGUAACCCCGUGGGCAUCUAUGGCUCUCGUAAAGCUGGCAUCUGGAGUGAGUGGAGCCAUCCAACUGCUGCAUCCACACCCCAGAGUGAGCGGUUGAUGACAGGCUCAUGUGACUCCAAAUCCAGUGGGGACUCCAACUCCACGCUGCGGCGGGAGUUGAAGCAGUUCUUCGGUUGGGUUCGUAAACACGCCUACGGCUGCAGCAGCAUGUCCAUGAAGAUGUACGACCAGUGGAGGGUCCUGAUGCAGAAGUCCCAUAAAGCCCGCAACCAGGUAGGUUCUUCAAGGGGAUAAAUCGUAGCACAAGCAGUAACUGAAUCAAGACGACAACAGAGUGUGUGUGUGUGUGUGUGUGUGUGUGUGUGUGUGUGUGUGUGUGUGUGUGAGUGAGUGUGAGACCUAAGUAAGACCCAACGUGUCCUUGUAUUGGAACUCUACAGACUGUUUGCUCUGGACAUUUCGUGCUGAUGCAGUCUUUGCCAAAUUGUGGGAUUUUUUUCUUUUGUACCUUUUUUUUUUUUUUCAUUUCAACAUGAGCACUUUUUAAACUUAAAAAAGUGCAACUGGGAAGGACUCAGAAGGUGGACUGGGUCAAAUGGUGGUGCAGGAUAAAGUGGACCUGAGCAGAGACAACUGUGGACAUGCUCCAAAUGUCCACAAGGAAAAGAACAUGGAAAAAGUCCACUUCAGAUGAACACUUCAGUGUUCCUGUGGAUCCACCGCUCCAUCUAGUGGCCGUUGGACAUCAGUGCAGCUGUGUUUGUCCUCCUGUAGAAGACCCGAGUACCCAACUAUACUGCAGUAUUUGUACAUUGUGCUUAUAUCAGAGGAUUAUGUGCCAAACCGGUCCACUCUGGAUCUGGUCCAGAGUGACAGGAUGUGACUGAUGACAUGAUGGUGUUUGUGUUCGUAGACGUUUCACUGCCUUUAUUUUUGUACUGAAUUGUACCAGCAUAUUUAAAAGUGUAUAAAGCUAUGUUCUAUUGCUUAAAUUAUGUUUAGUUAGUAAAGAAAUAUCAUUGACUGAAGUCAUUCUUUUGUUCUGUUUGUACUAAACUGGUUCUGUUGGAACUGC